UGGUGUUUAUUCCCCUGUUUGAUAUGCACAGAAGCCGCAGAGAAUCUUGACCAGCUUCCCUCCUGGGACGCACCGGACGAGAACACGCUAAUUCUGCAGGCGUUCGAGUGGCACGUCCCCGCGGACCGGUGCCAUUGGAAGCGUUUAAAAGCGGCGCUGCCGGAUUUUAAAACCAUAGGCGUGGACCAGUUAUGGAUUCCCCCCGGCUGUAAGGGGAUGGACCCGUUGGGCAAUGGGUAUGAUAUCUACGACCUUUGGGAUCUGGGGGAGUUUGAUCAAAAGGGAGCCGUUGCGACCAAGUGGGGCACCCGACAGGAGCUGGAGGAUCUGAUAUGCGAGGCCGAAGCCUUGGAGAUCAAAAUCAUCUGGGACGCCGUGCUCAACCAUAAAGCCGGUGCUGAUUUCCCAGAGGCAUUUCCGGCUGUGGAAGUUGAUUCAAAGAGACGAGAUGUUGCAGUCGCUGCGCCAUUGGAGAUCGAAGGCUGGGUCGGCUUUGACUUCCAAGGGCGAGGAGAUGUGUACAGUGCGAUGAAAUAUCGCUGGCAGCAUUUCACCGGCGUCGAUUGGGACCAGAAGCGUGAGAAGCAAGCCAUUUACAAGGUUCACGCUCCGAACAAGGACUGGGCGACCGAUGUCUCUCCAGAACUGGGCAACUACGACUAUCUGAUGUUCGCCAAUCUGGAUCUUUCCGACCGUGAAGUUCGUGAUGAUUUAUUGAACUGGGGCACCUGGAUCACACAGACCUUGUCGCUUGGUGGGAUGAGGCUCGAUGCAGCCAAGCACUUUUCGGCCAAAUUUCAAAAAGACUUUGCGGACCACGUUCGCCGCACUGCGAAUCCAGAUCUUCUCGUGAUCGGAGAAUACUGGACGGGGGACGUCAAGGCCAUUGAAAAGUACUUGGACCAAUGUGAGAACACUGUCGUGGCUUAUGAUGUUCCCUUGGUGGAACGAUUCUCCAGGAUCUCGCAUAUCCGGCAAGCAGAUCUUCGUGGAAUUUUCCGAGAUACUCUGGUUCAGCGUCGACCAGACCAGGCUGUGACAAUCGUUUGCAACCAUGACACGCAACCAGGACAAAUGCUCGAGACCCCCGUCAAACCGGCUUUCAAAUUGCUGGCUUACGCAUUGACCCUUCUCCGCAAAGAUGGCCGUCCGUGUGUCUUCUACGGCGACAUUUACGGCAUUCUAGGUGGAAACAACGCGAGUCCGAUCGCGCCACCCUGCAAUGUACAAAUUCCCUUGUUGACUCGCGCUCGGAAAUUAUAUGCAUAUGGCGAGCAAGAGGAUUAUUUUGACCAACCAAAUUGCAUAGGAUUUGUUCGAUAUGGCAAUGCGCGUCACCGCUCCGGUCUCGCAUGCAUCAUCAGCAAUGCAGGUGCCUCGAAAAAGCGCAUGUUUGUCGGUCGGCCGAAAACAGGUCAAGAGUGGGUUGACAUUUUGGGGAAUCAACCGGGCUUAGUGAUCAUUGACAAAUGGGGUUAUGGAAUGUUCACGGUGGAUGGAAUGAGUGCCAGUGUCUGGGUCGAAUCAGCCGCCGUCGUCUCCGGUGGGAUGAACACCCGCGAAAAACUCAAUCUGAACUUUUAUGAAUACUGA